AUGUCUUGGCUGAGGAACCUGCUGCUGUUCACUGCAUGUGCUGUAACAUGUAUAACGGCUCAAUCUAGGGUAGAAAUUGCCAAUAUUUUGAAACGCGACGAGUUUUCUAUACAUUUUUCCAAUGAAACCAUACCCAUAACCGAGGCUUUGCAGUUACUUGAUGACAAGAAAGCAUACUCGCAAGACGCGUCCCUUCAAGUUGCACACACAAAUGGCAAGUUCCAGAUGUACAGAAUCACAGAUACAGAAGCGUAUGUUUGCCACAUACCUUUGGUGAAAUCUGAUGAGGGAGCUGAUCAGAAUAAGCGUGUGCUGCCAAAUAAAGAGACGGACGCCAUUCUGUCUCGUGGUCUUUCCCUCUUGGCAAAGCUACGUGGAAAGGAAUUGCAGAAUAUACAAUCAUAUUUUUCACAUGUGCUACGUUAUGGCAAUCAUAUACUGCAGUACCCGCUCAUGGCCAUGUUGGACAAUGAUGGGGUGCCUGAGGUUGACAAUCGAGAUACCCUUCCUGAAGGAUAUUACUUGAUGGGUGUGUGGGACAGCUUGGAAGGAAUAAAAAACGAAUUGGUUCCCCUUUAUAAUACUCCAUCAGCUGAUCUGGAUGACGAUGUGGCACCACUAUAUGAGGACAAUGCUUUUUUCAUCCAGCAAGUAUGGAAUGGGGGCACUGUUUGUGAUCUGAAUGGCUUACCAAGAACUACAACAGUCAAGUAUUACUGUGGCUCAAAUAAUAAAAUUCUGAGUCUGGCCGAGGUACUUACGUGCAAUUACGUUAUGGUCGUUGAGACAAAUGUUUUGUGCGAUGAUGUGGCGUUUAUUCCCCCCAAAACCAAGGAAUCCAACAAAAUUCAAUGCCAUAUGAUCACGCCUGACAAUUUAGAGGAAAGCAAAGCCCACGUGAAGCACGUCGAAGAGCGCCAUAAUCAUCGGUAUAAAGAUGUUCAUGAACACGAUGAUACAGGAAUUCUUGCUGAGAAGAUACAAGAUGUAGGAGCAGGGACAGGCGCCCAACCUACGAUGCAGUUGGACCCAAAGGUAUUGCAACUCAUUGACAAGUAUCUUCAGUCUCGUGAACAAAUGACUGAGACCACAUCCUCCACGCCGUCAUCCCACGAGACUUCCACUGUAAAAGCAACCGGGACAGUGGCGGAGCAGGCCUCUGAACUCCCUUUUCACCGGCAAGAAUUGUAA